GCCAGCGGCUGCUCCAGUAUCACAGUGACGUCCUGCAGUCGGUGGUGCUGGUGAACCCGUCAGAAGACGCUGCUGCUUCAGAGAUCCGCUCUCUGAUCACUGACUUCGCCGGGAAUAAGCUAUUGAUCCUCAGUGGCCAGAGCUCCGAGCAGGGAGGUGACGUCCUACUGCAAAGUGGAGCCUUCACCUGGCAACACUUCUCUGACAUCAUCUCCAACCCUCAAGUGAUCGAAGUCCUGUCCAGGGCAGAGCAGCCGUCCAGGCUUACUGUUUCCUGUCAGGGAGAGGGGGGCUGGAGCUCCUUGGGCCAAAGCCAGGAGCAGCAGCCGAUCCAAAACCUUCUGGAAUACCGACUGAACCCCGAACCCCACCUCCCCGACAUGGAUGGAGUCACAGAGUUCACUGACUAUGUCUCAGAGACAGUUGACGUCCCCUCACCCUUUGACCUUCUGGAGCCCCCAACCUCUGGAGGUUUUUUAAAGCUGUCCAAACCCUGCUGUUACAUCUUCCCUGGAGGCAGAGGAGACUCAGCUUUGUUUGCCGUCAAUGGAUUCAAUGUCCUGGUGGAUGGAGGGUCUGAGCGAAAGUCCUGCUUUUGGAAGUUGGUUCGUCACCUAGACAGGGUUGACUCUGUGCUGCUCACCCAUAUCGGUGCAGACAACCUCGCUGGUAUUAACGGGCUUUUCCAGAGAAAGAUCGCUGAGCAGGAGGAGGAGCGUAACCAAGGAUCUGGCUCCAGCAGCAACGGGGACUGGAUGAAGAACCUGAUCUCUCCGGAGCUUGGAAUCGUGUUUUUCAACGUCCCAGAGAAGCUGCGGAUGCCGGAGUCCACACUGAAGGUGAAGCGAAGCAUUGAAGAAGCAUCACUUACACUGCAGUACCUCAACAAGCUUGGUAUCACACCAGAGCCUCUUCACAGGGUGGUCAGCAACACCAUUGAACCUAUCACCCUGUUCCACAAACUCGGUGUGGGAAAGUUAGACAUGUUUGUCUUAAACCCUGUAAAAGAAAGCAAAGAGAUGCAGUUUCUGAUGCAGAAGUGGGCUGGAAACAGCAAAGCCAAGACGGGGAUUAUGAUGCCCAACGGAAAAGAAGGGGAAAUCUCUGUUCCAUACUUGACAUCAGUUACCGCGCUCAUUGUUUGGAUUCCUCACCGUCCAUCAGAGAAGAUAGUCAGGGUGCUGUUCCCAGGAAAUGCACCCCAGAAUAAAAUCUUCGAGGGCCUUGAGAAACUGAAACACCUGGACUACCUGCGAUACCCAGUGGCUACGCAGAAAGACAUUUCAUUGGGUGCACCCCCUCCCAUCAUCAAACAGACGAAGAUCAGGUCCAGAACUGACAGCAAGGAGAGUCUCAAAUCUUCUCCCAAACCACAUUCUAAGGAUGUGAAGAAAGAAGCCAGCGGGCAGGAGGACGAGUCCAGAAGUGACAUCACCAAAGAAAAUAAAGUGGAAAAGAAAGAAGAGAAGAAACUCAAAAGUCUCAAAGCAACCAAACAACAGAAAAACAGUGAAGUGGCUCCUGCAGCAGACAAGAAAGAGAAGAAGAAAAUAUCCAAGGAAAAAACUGCCAAACAUGAGAAAGCAUCCAAGAUGGAUGAAAAGAAAGACAAAGAGAAGAAAGAGAUUAAAAAGGAGAAACGUGAGAUAAAGAAAGAUGAAAAUAUAAAAAAAGAAAGUAAAGUCAAAGAAGAGAAAAAGAAAGACCCAAGUAAACCAGAGCUGAGAAAAAUCACCAAACCAGACCUGAAGCCAUUUACCCCAGAAGUGAGAAAAACUCUGCACAAGGCCAAGACUCAGGCGAAGCCGAAGACAGACAAGAAUAAAGCAGUCAAAGAUGAAGCCAAUGAAAAAAGACCAGUUCCAAAGAACGUCCCUGAAGAGGUGGCAGCUGCUGCUCUGGCUGACAGGUCUAUUGUUUCCUCCCCUGAGGACCUAACUGAGGACUUUGAGGCUCUAAAACAAGAAGAGCGGUCCAAGACUGAGCCCAUCCAGAAUGAUGUGAUGUCUGAGCAUUCACUAUUUACAGACACUAAAGUUGAUGAGAAAGUAAAAUCACCAACUACUGAGAUUAAAUCUUCUUCACCCAGAUCCCCUGUCAGUCCAGGAGAAGACAGAAACAAGGGCACUUUGGUUUCAGCCGCGAAACAGGACGCGAGUGAUGCUUUCGACAAGAAGUAUGAAGAGGAGAAGAUGGAGAAAUAUGACAAACAUCCCGUGAAGGACAACAUAAAAGACAGAUCAAAGAAGAGUGACAGCUCAGAGGAGGAGGAUGAUGUGAUUGAAAAAGCAGAACUUGAAGGAACAGAAGAUGACGAAGUCCUGAAAUAUAAAACUGAGAAGGUGAAAAAGGAAAAACCCGGAAAAGAGUGGGAGACAACACCAGCUGAACAAAAACCUUUAUCGACCACAGUCGGGCAAACUGCAGCCGCCUCCGCCUCAGAGCAGUUCUCUUUCAUUCACGACGAGACGAUUCCCGGUUACUCCGAGACUGAACAGACCAUCUCUGACGAGGAGAUCCACGAAGAACCAGAGGACAGGAUCCCUCAGUUGCGCUAUGACGUGGGGUCCUAUGAUAUUUCUGUUCCUGAUGUCCCCGGCAGCUUUGACUCCAUGCACGGCAUCAAAGAGAUGAAAAGCUCCAUGGCGUCUGAUGUCAAACCUAAAGCGUUCAUGGGCCUAGUGCCCGAGCUUGCACCUUACCCAGCAAUCAUUGCUGCUCCUCUGGCAGAGGAAGAACACAUCUCCUCAGCAACAUCCAUCACAGAAUAUGACAAACUGUCCUCUUUUGCCACAUCUGUGGCAGAGGACCAGUCAAUAGCCUCUGUUACAGCUCCUCAGACUGAGGACGCUGGGAGGAACUCUCUCCUGCUCGACACCAUCAACAGUAUCCCCUCACGUGCAGAGGCCGCCCAGGGAAAAGACUAUCUCCACUCAGCAGGAACCAUCUCACCCACCUCCUCUCUGGAGGACGACAAGUGCUUUAAGUCUCCUUCGUCCGAUGAGUACCAGCCCAACAUUCCUGAGCUGGAGGGUGAUGCAAAGAGCAAAUCAGUCCACGAAGAAGAAGAUGAUGAGGAGGACGAGGAUGAGGACCAGACUCCGAAUGUCGACAUCCCUCUGGGUAAACUCCACGAGGGCUACGAACAUGCAGCCUCAAAGAUGCUCCAGGAGAAGGAGAAAUCUCCCUCUGCCACUUUCUCUCCUGCUCCCUUCACUUCUACGCAGUACUCCCCCACACAGGCUGUCAAAGAAAACCAGGCUCUCUUCAGCACAGUGGGAUUUAAGGCUGGUGCUGAUGUUAAGCCUAUUUCACCUCCUCCAUCUUUCUCCCCUGGGUUAGAGUCCCACUCCAGGCAGGAGAGUGAGGAAAGAUGUCUCAGUCCAGACGACAGCACUAUGAGACUGGCUUCACCCACUCAGUCCGUGCCCACAAGCAGCGGUUAUUCUCCAACAGAAGAUAAAGAGGAGGACGUGACCAAUGUUAAAGCCGACACUCAUAAAUACGUCUCGAUUUCAGACAGCUCCUUUAUCGGCGUGCCCAGUGACAAGACAGGAUUUGAAGCAUCUGAAGAAUCUGAUGAAGACAAUGAUGAUGAAGACUUUUACGCCAAAAAGGAUUUACAGCCCACUGUGAAGGCCAAACUAAUGGAAGCAAAAGAAGGGCGCUUCUUGGACGACGACUUCUCCCUUGAGGCAAAAUCUGCUGUAACAGAAACAGAAGUCAAGGCCUCGGUGAAGACAGAGGUUUCCUUCAGCUCAGAGGUGAAACCAAAACCUGAGGUGGUUUACUCGAAUGAUGAAGAUGAGAAAGAUGAUGAUGAUUUCAGAAGUGUGCCAGGGUCAAAGCCCUUAUCAACAGAUCACGGUAUAGCAGACUCUCAACAGGACGGUGCAGAGAAAACUGAUAUAUCUCCCACAGAGCCUGAGAAAAGUGUUCAUUUCAGUCUUUAUAAUUUCCCCGAGAAGGAGAGCAAAGAAAAGGCCUCGUACAUUAGACAGGACACGCCCUAUGUCCACGGGAAGACAUUUUCCUACAGUGAUAUUUAUGACAGCAAAACAAGCUCAGUGGACUCUGACUCCUAUCGUCAGGAGUCGUUAGAGACGAUGGAGAAGGAAACUGCCAGGAGCCAAGUGGAUUUGCAGAAACACGACCCCCCCUCCCCGCUAACAUCCACGGUAAAGAUGGUAGAGAGAGAGGAAUUUACCGCCUCUGAUGGAAAAGUGUCGUCCACUCCAUCGUGGCUCGACUGCAAGAGCACUGCUGCUAUUACCCCUGAGAUCACGAAGCCCCAGACACAGUCCUCAAUGGAGGGUUUGAAUGUUGGCAAACCUGGUUCCACAAGCUUCGGUGACAAAGGAGCAUGUUUGGAGGUUGAUAUGCGAAAACUAACAGCAAGAGAUGAGGAGGACUAUGAUGAUGAUGUAGUUGAUGAGGAUGAUGAGGAUGAUGAGGAUGAGGAAGACGAAGAGGACGAUGAGGAUGAAGGUGCUGUUGAUUCAGAUGUGGAGAAAGGUGCCAAAGAGAAGUCUGAGAAGGAAGCGAAAAGUCCCAUCAGUGAAAUGUUUGGCUCAAAUAGACCUGAAUUCAUGGUUUCUAUGGCAGGAUAUGGAUACAACAGUCAGGGGAAGCCGAGUGUGUCGGAAAGCAGCUCCAGCUCAAAGGCUGAAGACAAAGAUAAGGAUGAGUCCUCGUCCUUUAGUGGAAAACCAGCUGAUGGAGGUGCUACAGGUUUCUCUGGCUACUCCUCAGGGUUUGAAUACUCAUAUGGAAGUGGUGAGAAAGACUCAUUGUUAUCAAGUCAGACGACAGACAAAGAUAAAGAGGACUUCAUUCUGAAAUCAACAGAGGAGCAUUAUUACCAGAGCGACGCCACUGAUCCUGAUUUUGAGAAACAAAAGACCCCAGACCUUCUGAGUAAGAGGUCACUGGACGCAAGCUUUCAAUACACAACCACGGCUGCCCCUGGCUACUCCUCGUCUUCUGCCUACAGCUACUCAUCCUCCACCUCCGGCUCGCUCUCCACCAGCCGUCAGUUCGGAGAGGAGCUGGAGACCCCUGCCUCUGCAGAACCGCUCUUCGAGUACUCGUCUUUUAAAGAUGAACACUCGCCGGUCAUGGAUUCUCUCUUCUCUAGCUCUGCUGGGGCCAAAGAUGACUACCUGGAAGUGUCUGAAAAACAAAUCACAACCACGGCUGAGUCCACAUCCAGUUUAGCUCGCUUCUCCCCCCUCAGCCCGUUGGAGGACGUCAAACCUUUCCACACUCUCUCGUCCACUGGCUUCGCUGAGGACAAGAAGGAGCACACAACCUCAUUAGGUGGGAUUAUGGACAAAGGUCCUCAGUCUGACUGUUUCUAUAAGCCUGAAUGGUCUGAAGGGUCCAAGCUGGAAACAGAUGUUGGGUUUGGGGCCUCAGCAGCACCGUUCUCUCAACAGGAGCUCUCCAAGAACAAAGAGGCAGCGAGUGCUGCUCUGUUUGGUGUCACGUCCUCACCACGGCCAGACAAAGAGGGCAAACAUUACUUUGAGGAGACUGACAGCAGUGAAGAAGAAGAUGAGGAGGCUUACAUUCGUGAGAUCACUCUGAGGUCUCCCUCCAGUGGCCUGGCCGGUGGUCUCUCAUUUCCUGACAAGGCUGUUGCUCCAGCUGCUGCUGAAAAGACAGUUGGUGAACUCCCUGAUGUUCUUGACUCCUACAUGGCUUCACCUCUCCAGGCAAGCAAACCAGACACAGCCAACGGCCCCACCGAGGUCAUUACAAGCUCCACCCUCCCGGCUGGAGCAGCAGCCAGCGGUGCAACUCCAGGCCUGGUCAGGGUAGAGUCCAGGGAGGCCGGUUACAGCAGCUGCUAUGAUUGGGAGUUGCCUAAGCCCCAGAUGGGGAUGGUCCCUGGAGACUCUCCUCCCCAUUAUCGUCAUGAUGAUGAGUUUGAUGAGGAGUGUGAGAUGGAGCCAGAGCACCCGGCCCGCCCACUCUCACUCUCUUCAACCGACCAGCCCUUCCACUCACCUUUCUACUCCGAGGAGUGCAGCCAAGGAGGCCGGGAUGAUGAUGAUGACAGCGAUCAGGAUUUUGCUGGUGAUGCACCGAUGGGAGCCACCUCCUCUUACACUAGCCGUACCUCUCCUGGAUAUUCCUCCUCCGAGUACAGGCAGCGCAAAGAGGACCUCUCACCUUCCUUCAUCAACCCCAGUAUGCGGCGGUUAUCCAGCAAUGAGGAUGAUGAGGAGGAGGAAGGUAAAAGCGACCAAUCACAGGAGGGCAACGACCAUGAUCUGUCAGUCAAGAGACGGGCUCACAAACAGCCUCAUCAUCAGGCGUCUCACAGCAGCUCUUUGCACCAGGCUGGUGGCCUGUCUGCAGGACUGGGUCUCGCCACAGAGGACACACCACCCACCUCCGUCAGUGAGUCUCUGGGUUCUCAGUCCGACUCUGAAGUUCCUCCAGGCACCGAGGAAUACCCCUCAGCCACCGGUGAAGGCAACAUGGACUCAGACGAGGACGCAGACUACAUGCCCAUCGAUAAAAUAUCUGCCCCCGGAGGAGGCAGCCAUCAGUCCUCAAAGAGGAGCCACGACCCUCCUCCUGCACCCGUCAUGGACCCUUAUCCUCAUCCCCCUCACCCAGACGUUUGCAUGGUGGAUCCUGACUCUUUGGAUAAUGGCUCAGUCAAGAAAGAGCCAAAAGCAAAGAGCUUGAAAAAAUCCUCCGGGAAAACCAAAUCAUCAUCAUCACCAGCUCAGCGCAAGAGGUCCCCGAUGCCGGUGAAGCAGACGGCGUCUCCUCGCAGAGCUUCGCUAAAGAAGAAGGAGGCAGACAAGAGCUCACACAUGUCUCGUCUGUCAGACGGACAAGGCUCCAAAGACGACGACCUUUCCCGGUCCAGCUUCAACCCUGGCAAAGGGCAAAGUAACGGUGUCAAGACCAGUUCAGGUUCCCAGAAGUCCGGCUCAGCAGCCGCUCCUGGACUUCCCAUUUACGUAGACUUGGCCUAUAUUCCCAAUCACUGUAGUGCCAAGAACGUGGACCAAGAGUUUUUCAAACGUAUUCGCUCUGCGUACUACGUGGUGAGCGGGAACGAUGCAGCCAGCGGUGAACCAAGCCGAGGGGUUCUGGAUGCACUGUUGGACGGCAAAGCUCAGUGGGGAUCGAACCUACAGGUGACGCUGAUCCCCACCCACGACACGGAGGUGACCCGUGAUUGGUACCAGCAGACGCACGAGAGGCAGCAGGAGCUCAACAUCAUGGUCUUGGCCUCCAGCAGCACCGUCGUCAUGCAGGACGAAUCCUUCCCUGCCUGCAAGAUCGAGUUUUAAGAUCUUGGCUCCCCCCCCCGGCCUCCCCAGUGUAGAUCUGUUUUUGAUUGCUCUUCUCUUUAAUGAUAUCUGAAAUCCGUCCCCGCCCCAGACGUGAUCGGCUCAAAGCAGAAACACAUCUGGAUAACUGAUAACUUUCUAGAUUUUUAUUUGUUUAUAAGCUUGUUGUGGCUCUGACCAUUUAUAUUACAAAUCAUGAUCUGUCCUCCACCACAUCGUUACUCUUCAACCACAUGAGGGAACAAAAGUGUUUCUCAGCCUCUGUGAAACAAAGACUUCUGUUAUUAGUGAAGACAAAAUGUUCUUUGUGUUAAAAAAAGAAAAACAAGCUGGAAACAAUUUGCACGUUGAUGCUUUGCUCGGAUGUUAAUUGGCCUGAAUCGAAGCACAAGAGACAAAGUACAAAAUGUUCUUCCACUGAAUCUCAGACGUUCACUCUGAAACAUUCUGUCAACAGAAAAUCAAUCAGUAACCCGACUCUACUUUCUCUCUUCGACAGUCCCAGUGUCGAACCUUGUGCCUCGUUAUGACGUAGUGAGAGAAAAUGUUCGAGUAGAUCUCAGUCGUCUCCGUGAGUAGAUUUGAUGUUGGAUUAGAAACAAACGUAUUCACAAUAUAACAUUUCUACGAUUCUCAAAGUGAAAAUCAACGGUUUGAGUUUCUCUGAGGUUGUUCUUUCUCACAGUGACUUUGAUGAAGACGUUUCUCUCUGUUCUUGUUUCUCUUGUCUUCUAUGUCUUUUUUCAGUGUCCUUCCAGUUAACAUAUCGUGGCUGAGGAUGUUGAGGAGACGAGUUUUUAUCUUUCACUCAUACUUGUGUCUAAAAGAUCUUUAUACAAAAGCUGAGCUAAAGGAAGAAGAAUGUUUUCCAACAGUACAUGAGGAUGAUGAGGAUGAUGAGGACGGUGAGGAAGGUCAGGGCAGGUUUGACUGGUGCAGCGGUUGGACUGUCAGCCACAUGUGCCUUUGUGUCCUGCUGUGUCGAGGGAGAGACGUUUAGAAACCUGACGUGUGAUGAGCCGUUCCCUCUGUUGACUUACAGACUAAGUGUAAAACCACAGACUCAGUAUUUCAGCCGCUGUGUUUUCCCUGGAGCUGCCACUCAAACAAGCACAAACAUUAACCAGCGUGGUUAAAACCUAAAGCAGUUUUUACUGUGAUUACGACAUUUGCAGAGAAAUGUUGCUAUUUAAUUUUCUCUUUCUAUUUGAAGUUCUGCAAAGUAAAUCAUCCCGUGUUACUCAUCAGUUUUAAUUUCAGUGAGUGUUUUUAACACUGAAUAUUACAUAGAGAUGUUUUUAAUUUGAUAUUGAUGAUUUGAUAUUUUUCAGUAAUUUCAUAGAUUUUAAACCAGGAACAAAACCAACCACAGAAACAACAAUAACCAGAGUUGUUCCUUAUCGAUCCACAACAAAGUCCAGAUAUUCCUGUGAAUAGAAUUUUAUCUAGAGACGCAUGAACAACAGAUGCACGCACGAUGACUCUCUAAGAAACAGGCCGAGCUGAUUUGAAUGUGAAGAUGCAGAUUACCUUUACGUUCUCCGUCGAGGACUUUGAUCUCCUGGUUGCCUUGGUUACUGAGCAUCACAGUAGAACUGGCCUGGACACAACGAGCAGAUGAACAGAUCCAGGUUCAGUUUGCGAACGAUGUUUGAUUGCUGAUGAACAUGUAAGAGUCUGAUGUUGAGUAACAGGUUUGAUUCCUGCCCAACAAAAAAAGAAGCAUUGAGAGUUUCUGGAUGAAAACAGGGUCAAACACUGCAGCAGCG